GUCCUGUGUCUGAGGGCAUAGUGACAGUCCAAUUGUAAUUUGCAACAAAGGCAUCAAAACCCAGAACCCAAUCAUCUUUUAUUGCAAGCUUUUGCGCAUUGGAAUUUGGAGGCCAUAAAAAAGAUGCGAUGCUACACGCAAACAACUAGUACAACUCCAACAAGAAAAGCAACAUAGAAAGAUUGCCCAAUUCUCACCUCAUUUAACACAAUUCCCUGUUGCUCGUACUUACACACACUUUGCUUAACCAUGGAACGCUACGAGAUAAUCAAAGAUAUUGGCUCAGGGAACUUUGGUGUCGCAAAGCUCGUCAAGGAAAAAUGGACUGGCCAAUUAUACGCUGUCAAGUUCAUUGAGAGAGGCUUCAAGAUUGAUGAGCACGUGCAAAGAGAGAUUAUAAAUCACAGGUCUUUGAAGCACCCCAAUAUCAUUAGAUUCAAAGAGGUGUUACUUACUCCAACUCAUCUUGCAAUAGUCAUGGAAUAUGCUUCCGGGGGAGAACUGUUUGAAAGAAUAUGCAGUGCUGGGAGAUUCAGUGAGGACGAGGCAAGAUAUUUCUUUCAGCAAUUGAUUUCCGGAGUAAGCUAUUGCCAUUCAAUGGAAAUUUGCCACAGGGAUCUUAAGCUGGAAAACACACUUCUGGAUGGAAGCUCAGCACCACGACUUAAAAUCUGUGACUUUGGUUACUCAAAGUCAUCUGUUCUGCACUCCCAACCAAAAUCUACUGUAGGAACCCCUGCCUAUAUUGCACCAGAGGUUUUGUCAAGAAAAGAAUAUGAUGGGAAGGUUGCAGAUGUUUGGUCUUGUGGGGUGACCUUAUAUGUGAUGUUGGUUGGUGCAUAUCCUUUUGAAGACCCAGAAGACCCAAGAAACUUCAGAAAAACACUUCAGCGAAUUCUCAGCGUCCACUAUUCUAUUCCAGACUAUGUACGUAUCAGUAAAGAGUGUAGACACCUUUUGUCUCGAAUAUUUGUGGCCAACCCAGAAAAGAGAAUCAGCAUACCAGAGAUAAAAAUGCACCCUUGGUUCCUGAAGAACUUGCCACUAGAAUUCAUGGAGGAGGGAGUGCAAAAUGACAUGAACGAAUCAUGUGAGACUCAAAGCAUUGAAGAAAUACUGUCCAUAAUUCAAGAGGCUAGAAAACCGGGUGAGGGCCCAAGAGUUGGUGAGCAAUUUGUUGGGGGCAGCAUGGACCUUGAUGACAUUGAUGCAGAUGCUGACAUCGAUGACAUUGAAACAAGCGGUGAUUUUGUCUGUGCUUUGUGAACGAUGAUGAUGCUUCCAAUGUUGUUGUCUUCUUCUCUGGGAAUGUUACUGAUUUUCUUGGUUUAGUGUUUUCGCACUUGGCCAAAAUAAUCACACUGUAAGAUAUGUUGUUAUUAUAUUCACUUUCUCUCUUUAUGUAUAAAAAUAAUGAUUUUCGAAUGUGAUGUCUCUUCUUUACA